ACGAAAAACAGCGGAAAGAUUAAAAUAAUCUCGUAGCGAGCACCUGGUGGCGCCGGAUGCCAAGAGUGCCUCCAGCGGGCCGGUGAGCUAAGCAGAGCCGCUCGCAUCACCAGUUGGUCUGUGCCAGUCUCCGAGAAGAGUCGCAACCAUGAGGAAUAAGGCGUUGUUGUCUUUACUGAUGGCCAUGAUGGUGCUGUUCGCACGCACCUCGGCCUGGGACAUCUUUGAUGAUGAUGAUGACGAUGAUGAUGAUGAUGAGGACGACGACAUUGAUGAUGAUGAUGAUGACGACGACGAUGAUGAUGAUGAUGACGACGACGGGGACGGGGAUGAUGACGACGACGACGACGACGGGGACGGGGACGACGACGAUGAAGAUGAUGAGGAUGAUGACGAUGAAGAUGAUGAGGAUGACGAUGGUGAUGAUGAUGAAGAUGAUGAUGGUGAUGACGAUGAUGAGGAUGAUGAUGAUGGCGAUGAUGAUGAAGACGAUGAGGAUGAUGAUGGUGAUGACGACGAGGAUGAUGAGGAUGAUGAUGAUGACGACGACGACGAUGAUGAUGAUGAUGAAGAGUAACUCCCAAAUAUUAUUAAAAUCUGUUAAUUACACAAAAUAAAAUUAAUUUUAAAAAGUCAACAACAUCUCCCGAAAAUGUUCAGUUUGUGACGUCACGAGCCCGAACAAGGGAUGUGGAGUUAAGCAAAAAACAAAUUAAUAUCAAAAACUAACAAAUGAUCUUAUUAAUAUCACUAUUAUUAUUCUCGUCUUGUUCUCGUCUUUUUUUCGUUGUUUAGGUAAUCGUCAUUUUAUCUGUCUCAUUUUUAAACUAACGUCAGUGGAUUUAAGUCACCUUUAUUUAGUUUUUAUAUAUAUCGUUCAUGAUAUGAAAAAAGAACGUCGAGGAAAAUGGGAAACUGGAAGACUACCGGAGGCUAGCAUCGGACGGUCACCUUCCCAGAUCAGCUGAUCCUUAACACCAACGGAAAAAAAAAGAAUAA